AUGGUGGAUGUGUUCAGCGGGCGGCUCCUGGUUAGCAAGGACGGCCACAGCGUGGACCCCGAGGAAGCUCUGCAGAACAAGGUCGUGGGUUUGUACUUCUCCGCCGGCUGGUGCUCGCCGUGUCGCGACUUCACCCCAGUACUCUGCGACUUCUACACGGAACUCCUGGAGGAGACCCAGCCCCCCGCCCCUUUCGAGGUCGUCUUCAUCUCUUCCGACCACAGCGCCGAGGAGAUGGCGGGCUACAUGCGCGCUAUGCACGGGAACUGGCUCGCUCUGCCUUUCCACGACUCCUACAAGCAUGAUCUGAAGAAGAAAUACAACAUAACAGCAAUUCCUAAACUGGUGAUUGUGAAACAAACUGGAGAAGUCAUUACUGACAAGGGAAGGAAACAGAUCAGAGACAAAGGGCUACCCUGUUUUCGGAACUGGCUUGAGGGUGCAGAUAUCUUUCAGAAUUUUUCUAGCUAAAAACUUGGCAGGUGAAAGCAAGACAAGGCAUCAUGGAAAACUUUGAGCUGUGAAAAUGUUGUUGCCUUGUUCAGAAGAAGACAGGUAAACCUUAUUUAUGUUUUCUUGUAAACAGGUUUAGUUUUCGACGUGAAGAUUAGUUAUUCCAGUAAGUUAAAAUGCAAUUAUUGUUUUAUUUAUAUUGUUCUAUCUACUUUAUUCAGUAAGAACCAAAGCAUUCUUGAUAAUACCAAAAAGCUUCAGGAGAAUAGGCCGGUUUAGACAGUGA